GGGCGGGGAGCGGCUGCCGCGGCCUGGGCUGCCGGCGGCGGCGGAGGGCGAGGGGCUGCGCGCCCGCCAUGGACAGGUUCGCGUGGACCACCGGGUUGCUGGAGCUGGGGGAGACGCUGGUGGUCCAGCAGCGCGGCGUGCGCCUCUGCGACGGGGAGGAGAAGGUGAAAUUUGAUAGUGGAGUAUUACUGCUUAGCACACACAGACUAAUCUGGAGGGAUCAGAAGAAUCAUGAAUGCUGCAUUGCUGUACCUCUGUCUCAGGUCGUCUUUAUUGAAGAGCAAGCAGCUGGAAUAGGAAAAAGUGCCAAAAUAGUAGUUCACCUUCAUCCUGCUGCUUCAAACAAAGAGCCUGGUCCAUUCCAAAGCAGCAAAUAUUCCUACAUCAAACUUUCUUUCAAAGAACAUGGGCAGAUUGAGUUCUAUAGACGAUUAUCAGAAGAAAUCACACAAAGGAGAUGGGAGAACAUGCCUGCUAGUCAGACCAUUCAAGUUAACAAAGACCCACGGGCAGGAAGAAUAAGGGCUGUAGGAAUUGUAGGGAUCGAAAGGAAAUUAGAGGAAAAAAGAAAAGAGACUGACAAAAACAUUUCCGAGGCUUUUGAGGAUCUUAGCAAACUAAUGGAGAAGGCUAAGGAAAUGGUGGAGUUAUCCAAGUCAAUAGCUAAUAAGAUUAAAGAAAAACAAGGUGAUAUCACUGAGGAUGAGACUAUUAGGUUCAAGUCCUAUCUACUGAGUAUGGGGAUAGCUAAUCCUGUUACCAGGGAAACGUAUGGAUCUGGUACACAUUACCACAUGCAACUGGCAAAGCAACUAGCUGGGAUCCUGCAGACACCAUUAGAGGAACGAGGAGGAAUCAUGUCCCUUACAGAAGUGUACUGUCUGGUAAAUCGUGCACGAGGAUUGGAGUUGCUGUCACCAGAAGAUUUAGUAAAUGCUUGUAAGAUGCUGGAGUCACUGAAAUUACCACUAAGGCUUCGGAUAUUUGACAGUGGUGUGAUGGUAAUUGAACUCCAGUCUCAUAAUGAAGAGGAAAUGGUAGCUUCUGCUUUAGAGACAGUAUCUGAAAAGGGUUCCCUCACAGCUGAUGAGUUUGCUAAGCUGGUGGGGAUGUCUGUUCUCUUAGCCAAAGAAAGGCUGCUUCUUGCUGAAAAGAUGGGCCAUCUCUGCAGAGAUGAUUCAGUGGAAGGCUUGAGAUUCUACCCGAAUUUAUUUCUGACACAAAGCUAAAGUAGUUUGUGUACAAUUUGUGACGUAAGAGCUGACGAGAGAGCAGAGGGCAGAACCCUUCCAACAACUGACUUUACAAUUUUUGUUAGUCAACUGCAACGGUGAUGAACAUUGCAAUGCUUCACACUUCUCAGGUAUUUCAAGUGCUGAAUCCUCUACGUGGAGCUGAAAGGAAAUAGGAAUCACUAAGUCAGAAGUACGUUAAUUGUCUUACACCGGCUAGCUCACGUUUCAAGUUUUAUUUGACAUGCUCUGUAGUUUCUCCUUUCAAGAGAAGUCAAGUGAAGAUUCCACACAAGUGAAAGUGAAGAGAAUAUCCCUGUAGUCUGCCAUAAGUGUCGGCACCCAGAAGACAGGACACUGCAUACUCCAGUUUCAGUUUGUUUACAUCCAGAGCAGCAAAGCAGACAGACGUAUCCGUAGCGAUAAGGAGAGUGACUUUGGUGUCUACUGAGGUAUGAGGAAUAGUGUAGAAUAACCCCUUCUCCCUGAAGUGAUGAAAAGUUUUCUGAGAGGAUCUUGGGGUUCUUUGAGACUGAAAGAACCUGUUUCAGGAAAGAUUAGUAUACAUUAUGUGGAUCUAGAAAUCACAAUCUUUAGUUUGUCAUGUCUUAUGCUAGUAUCUCAGAUGGAAGCAUUGCUAGCUCAGGCUUCCUCCCUUCUCUUGCCUUGCCAUCUUACUUCCUGUCUCUUUAUGUUGCACUUUGGGUGCCCCUUCUCUGUCCUGUCUUUACAUAGCAGAGUAGUACCUUCUGUCACUUUACCAGACCCAUGCUUUAAUGUGCUUGAGUUUUAUCUUGUGCUUCUCCCAAAAGAUCAUUUGCUUGUUUCAUCAGCCCGUUAUCUGUUUGGGAGAGAUGGUUCAUUUGCUUAUAUCUUUUAUGUAAAAAUUAGUGUUCUUUCAAUAUUGAACGGAGGAAGAAGACUAUCACAGAGUAUUUAACAAAGUAUUGUUUGGUAUUCCUCACCCUGUGUUCACACUGAAUACAAUUUGAUAGUCUCAGUUUUCAUAACUCCAGUGGAGUUGUUACAUUACUUGAAGAUCUGUUGUCAUGGUAGUAAUGGUAAGUGGAUGUUUACAAUCCACAUCACACAGAUUUUCAGUGUUUUGAAGUAAACAGUUUUAAUAAAUUACAAAAUUCAUUCAAGGUAUGGGCAAGGACAACAUAUAGGUAACUGCAUUGUGGAUGUAAUGGCUAAAUCACCAUUCCAAAAAAGGAGAAAAAGACUUUGAAGAGCCUUGAAAUAUUUUCAGGACUAUUUCAGCGUUACCAUAGCCUGUCAAUAAGGAGUUCAGUGCACAGGUCCCUCCAGUGAUAAUGCUUUUGGUUCAUAGGAUGCUCAUUUAGAUCUAGGGAACUGCAUCCUCUUAUCCUUGUCAUAAGCCAACUUAUCUGCAGUACUUUCUGUAGAGCAGUUUUCCUCUGAUUCAUGAUGGUGCUAAAACACAGUCCCACAUUAUUCUUACUAUGUGACCUAUCUAGUACCAUCUCUCCAGGAGUCUUAUGGGCUUUGCUGCUUUCCUUCAUCCUCAUGGCAACCUGCGGAAGAGAUCACUGCAAGGUGUGCCAAGCAUCACACAUCUAAGGAGGGACUAAGAAGGGAGAAACCGAGAAGCAAAAAAGCUGGUUUGUGACAUCUGUUUCUUUUGCCCAAUCCCCAAACUUGUCAAGGGAGACCAGUGUUUUUUGGGCCUGAGCCUCUUCCCACAAGGGGGCAUGGCUUCUGCAGAAAGAACAAAACCAGAAAGGACAGGCCAAGAGCAAACUCCCAGCUUUUGUUGCUCCAAUCCUGAGUAUUUCAUUAUCUUAAUUAAGCAAUAACAAUACAGCCUAUUUAGAAUGAUGAUACCUUCCCGAGCUCUUUACCAGGAUUUUUCCUUGACUUUUUUUUUUUUUUCCUACAGGGAAGAAAUCUAUAGGGUAAAUUGUAUAGCUGGUUUAGAAUUUAAAUACACACAUGAGAAAAUUACUACUAGAAAGUAAUAAAAAUUAAAAGAUUUUUCUUAAA